CGCAGCAGAGGUGAUUCAAUAGAAGCGCACGCGGAAGAGCCACCACCGCUUGUAUACUCGUGUGAUACUCCAAAUGCGUCUACCCAUUGUGCUUUUUAUCUUGACGUUCCAUGUUCUUCCGUGCCGCGACUUAGAGAUCUAUCGGUCGAGAUCUCGUUAUCCAUACGGGAAAAGACCUUCUAUUCUGCAGAACCAAUGGUUGUUUUACCAAAACAAACUUUGUUGGCGAGGACAUCUACUCUACGGCUUUAUGAUAACAUCAUCUAUUUAAGGCGUGAACAGCACCACAAUCUCGAGUGGGAAUACCAUCCACUCGAUAUUCUCGCCUCCCCGCCAAAAUACAGAUGUUCAAUAGAUGAUGGUCUUACAGUAGGUUGCGAUAUAUCUGACCAGUUGGAACUGCAUUGGCACUCUGGCAACCUUGCUUCUCACUCCCUGAACACCCAGAGUAAGUUUGGCAGAGCAGCUAUCGUUAUCAUGGUUAAACCGCCGCGAACAUUACUGCCUACCUUCUAUGGCAGCUUAGUUGCACGGUCAUAUAGUUUAUUACUUCACGUAUAUUUCAAGCACAACCGGAUCAAGAAUAUUGAUCUUGAAAUUCCGCUUCAGGUUACCCACUUACAAAAUGCGAAAGCAAAUGGUUCUAUACGAUCUGGUAGGCCUACUUGCCGGUGUACUAGAUCUGUGCAGCCGGAUGUGCUCCCAACAUACGAAAGCACGAUGAGAAAUGUGUGAUAGGCGGUGCACGAAUCCUCUCUCGACAUAGACUAAUUGGACAGAUACUCAUAUAUAAGCUCUC